CGCAAGUAUGUGACAGGAUCACGCAAUCAACUCACCUGCUCAAACGGCGAAUUGAUUCCAUCGAUUGUUGAGUGUUAACCGAGUCUCUCAUUCAAAUGUCCAAGUGAUUGCUUCGGUCACGAGCUCAGGCGGUUUCGGUGGUUCUGCUGUGACAUCGACCACCCCCUCUUGAUCUUCCCUUGUUAAUCAACUGCUAUCGCUGGGAGUAGACAUCAGACAGAAUGCGAGCUGUUCUCAUUAAAGGCGGUAUUGGCUCAGCUGAUGAUCUCUACAUUGGCAAUUACGAGAACCCUACACCGAGCAAAGGCGAGAUUCUCGUCAAGAUCGUGGCUGCAGGGGUGAAUCGUUUGGAUAUCAUGCAACGAAGCCGCGGUCCACCGGCCCUACCCAGCGCGAGCAAGGACAUUCUAGGAGUCGAAUUUUCGGGCAGGGUAGAAGGCCUCGGUGAGGGAGUUUCUGACUUCCAAAUUGGCGAUGAGGUCCUCGGCCUUGCACCUGGUGCCGCUUAUGCGGAAUACAUUACCGUUCGCAGUGGCACAGUCAUGAAAAAGCCCGCAGACUUGGGAUUCGUAGAAGCAGCCAGCAUUCCCGAAGUUUGGUUCACUGCAUUCCAAGCCAUCGUCUUGAUUGCUCACGUAACUGCAAAUGAUACGGUCCUUGUGCAUGCAGGUGCGUCAGGGGUUGGGCUUGCGGCAAUACAAUUGGCUCGGUUUCUCGGAGUCAAGACCGUCUAUGCGACAGCUGGUAGCGAUGAGAAAGCUAACUUUCUCAGCUCGAUAAAGAACGGAGCGAGUCACGCAGUAAAUUACAAAAAGCAAGACUUUGCCGUAGAGAUCGAUAAGGCGACAAAUGGGAAAGGUGUCGAUGUCAUUGUCGAUUUUGUGGGUCAAGACUAUUUUUCUCGGAACAUCAAUCUCUUGAGGACAGACGGUCGUCUGGUGCUUCUCGCUACCUUGAGUGGUAAGGAGAUUCCCAAUGUAGAUCUGGGGCCGAUCUUAUACAAACGCAUUCACAUCGGAGGAAGCACUUUGCGGACCCGAUCCCUCGAAUAUCAGGCUAAGUUGACUAGCCGAUUCGUUGAUGAGGUGCUCCCAUAUAUUAAGGGGGAAACGGUGGAGGAAAGUCCCCUGAAGACGUACCUAUAUACGGUGUAUCCUUGGCAAGAUGUCGCGGAAGCCCACAAAGACAUGGAGGCGAACAAGAACACUGGCAAGAUCAUGCUGAGGAUAGUAUGAACGUUCUGGGAGUAGAUAUUAUGAUCAGGCCAUUAUCACGAUCAAUCGUCCGGAGAUACCCGCGCGCCAUCCUGAUCUUGAGUUUGUAA